AUGACCAUCCUCGCCUCAAAGACACAAUUUUCACACAACAACCAUUCUCGGAUGGCCCUCUCUUUCUUCGCUAGGAUAUUUGCCCAUCCCAACCCUCUCAGCCCCAGCGUUUUCGACAUACUUCGCGAAAUCCUGACAUGUACUCUCAUCCACGUCAUUUUGUGCACUGCAUACUGUCAUCUUACUUGCCUGCUUUGCUAUAUCAUUAACCUCUGCUCCGCAAAGAAAACGCGUCGCGUUGAGAAUCUCGUCGCAAACCUCGGUAUUUCUCACACCAUCUGUGGCGAACCGACCGUGCUCUAUGCGUACAUUACUGCCUGGAUUCUCAACGCCCUCUUAUUACAUCUACAUGAUCAUGACCGGUCGGGUUCCUACUGGUUUCUGGUAAAGUCCAUUGCGUGGGUCUAUGUGGAGACAUUGUUCUUCUUCGGCAUUGCGCUCGCUAUGACGCUGCUGCUUCAACUUCUGGAAACUGUCAGUGGCGCCGGACCAGACGACGAUGCAAACAGGGACAAGUUCAAGAUGAGGAAGGGGCGGGAUGGGUCUGAUGAGGAAAUGGGGGAAGCGAUGGUAGAUAAGAAGACGAUUUUGUGA